GCUGUUUCCGGGGCGGUGUGAGGAGGAGUUGGACUCCGAAUGGGUCGCAGCCGAAGCCGCUCCCCACGGAGGGAACGUAGGCGGUCCCGGUCCACUUCCCGGGAGAGAGAACGAAGGCGCCGAGAAAGGUCCCGGUCUCGGGAAAGAGAUCGAAGAAGGAGCCGGUCGAGAUCCCCACACCGAAGGCGCUCCCGAUCCCCAAGACGACAUAGAUCCACAUCUCCUUCCCCUUCUCGACUAAAAGAAAGAAGAGAUGAGGAAAAGAAAGAAACAAAAGAAACAAAGAGCAAAGAACGUCAGAUUACCGAGGAAGACUUAGAGGGCAAAACAGAGGAAGAAAUUGAAAUGAUGAAGUUAAUGGGAUUUGCCUCUUUUGACUCAACAAAAGGGAAGAAGGUAGAUGGCUCUGUCAAUGCCUAUGCCAUAAAUGUGUCUCAGAAGAGGAAGUACAGGCAGUACAUGAAUCGAAAAGGUGGCUUCAACAGACCUUUGGAUUUUAUUGCAUGAGAAUUGAAAUUUGAAGAAUGAUUUUCCCCCUCGUCUUGGUCAGAGAGUGGAUUUUGUAUUUAAUAUGCCUCAAAACCAGGAUUGCUGUUCUUUCUUGUAAAGUAAGGAAAUCUUAUUUAUGAUGUGUG